AUGAUUGAAUAGUAUGAGCUAGAUCAGAUAAUAGGUAUAAGAAAUUAAUUUGGACCUAAUAGAUAUUAAGUUAUUUCAGAAUCACUUUUCUUUGAAAGUCAUGAUUUAAGUAAUUCUUUUGAUUAUUAAGUAGUUGAUUAAGCAGCAAAUAUAAUUAUGUAAUAGAAAGAUAGAGAAUAGUAAUCAAAAUUUGAUAAAAAUGAUCACUUCAUUAUUUUUGCUAUGAAUAUAUUACAACAGAAAGCAUUUACAUAGUACAAGAUAUUUAAUUCAUAAUUUAUAAAAAAAUUUCGAGAAAGUAAUUCUGAAAAUACUUUAAUCACCAGUUUAAAUAAAAUAAUAAGAGAAAAUUUAGAUAUGACAAACACAAAAAAAAAUGAUGUUAAUUAGAAUUAAGGAAAUACUUAAUCAGAAAAGUAGCAAGAACAAUAAAAAAAAGAAGUUUAAAAAUAAGUAUUAUGAUUAUAAUUUUAGGAUGUUAUUAUAAUAGAAUUAGAAAAUUCAGAAAUUAGUGAUAUAAUCAGAAGGAAAGUUAAUUAAUUAGAUGAAGGUUUUUAUAUAGAACUAUUAGAGAAGAAAUCUGCAUAUAGUUUUGAAUUUUGGGAAAAUUAAGAUACACUAAGACAAGUUUAUUAAAAAGAAAUUUCAAAAUUAAUUUAAAAUAUGUCACAAAAUUAAACUAUGAUAUAUUUAACUAGCAAAGAAUUCUAACUAAAUGAUGUAAAGACUCAUUUUGAAUAAAAUUAUACUAUUAAGAUAAAUUCUAAUGGGACUGAAGAACUUUCUUAAGAUUUUAAUAACAAUGUAACUGAAAAAUUUAUUCCUUUAAUAACUUUUAAUUAAUUAUUUAAAGAAUAAGUGAUUUAUCCAAUUUUGGAAUUAUCUAAAUUAAAUAGAUAAGUGAAUUUUUAAGAAAUUAGUAAUCGUAUAGGUUGUAUUUAAAAUUAAACAAUUGAAGUAUUUCUAAAAUUGAUAGAAACUUUUGAAAAUUGCAAAUAAAUUAUAAGAUGGGUUAAUGUAAAAGUAUUUAAUAUUCAUAGUUAAUAGAAAAUUAUUUAUAAGAAAAAUCUGUAUCUAAAUCAUAAGUUCCUUAAAAUCAAGAAUAAUAAUAAAUUGAAAAAAUCCAAACUUAUCUAAAUUAAUGUUAUUAAUUUUAUGAUAAAAGAUUUCAAGAUAAAUUUUAUAAUAUAAUGUAAGAGAAUUCGUAUGAUGAAUUCUAAAAUAGUCGAUAAAAAGUAGAAAAUAAUUAAGAUUGUAAGGAUGCUUUAUCUUGCACUCAUUUUAGCAUUGUAUUGUAUGAAAUUAAAGAAAAUGCUUUACUUCUCUAUUAAGGAUUCAAAAUUGGAUCAGAAAUUUUCAAUGUACUAGCAAAACUUGAUUUUCCUGAAAAAAACGAGUAAUCAAAUCAAAAAUAAAAAAAUUAAACAAUCUCUGAAUCAACUGAAAUUUAAUAUGUAGAUAUAAGUUAAAUUAGUUUGGUUGAAAAAGAAGAAGGAAGGACAGUCUAUACGUAUUUAUCUUUACUUAUAUAAGACUUAAAUUUUUGUUGAAGGAAGAGAAUUAUUAACUGAUUUUAAAUAAAAAUCAAAAAUAUCGAAAUCUAAUUAUGGAGUAAAUAAUCAAAUAUUAAUAAUAGAGUAUUAAUGAAAAGUGUUGCCAUUAAGGUCAAAUAGACAAUGUUUAAUCCUACAUCUAGAAAGUUUGCAAAUAAAAUUGUAUAAUAAUUUUAUAUUUGAUAAUAAUGAGGC